GCCACAAGGAUCCACCAAAUCCAAAGCAAAAAACAAAAUACAUCAACCUAAUCAAACCAUGGCAAAGCUUCUUCAAACCCUAAUUCCACUUCUAGCCUUGCUCCUUGCCACUGCCAACACGGCGUGGUCGCAGACGACCUCCUUCCAAUAUGAUUUCUACGGGCAGCAGCCGACGGACCUACUCUACCAAGGCGACGCCCACUUCCCAUCCGACUCCACCUACCUCCGCUUGAUCAACACCGACAGCUCAGGCAACCCAUUAAAUGGCCGCAUUGGCCGAGCCGUGUAUUCCAACCCGAUCACAUUUUGGGAAGCCGGAGCGCAGGUCGACCUCGAAACCACCGUUAAAUUCAUCAUCAACACCGUUGAUUCAAACCCAGGCGAUGGCAUCACCUUCUUCAUCCAGCCAGUUGGCUCUCCAAUCGGAUCCGCUGGCGGCUCCUUUGGAAUCUUUAGUCCGCAAAAUCCAGCCGUGUUCGCAGUGGAAUUCGACACCUACAUCAACACUAAUGAUCCAAAUUACCGUCAUGUUGGUAUUGACAUUAAUGAUAAUAUUUCAAAAAAUACAAGCAACGUCGGCAACGCAAUUCUUGGGCAGGAGGUGACUGCUCGCAUCAACUACCAGCAAUCUUCCAAAUUGAUCACCGUUCAAGUCACGGCAGCCUCACAAACUUUUGUGGUGAGCUAUGUAUACGACUUGAGCACCUAUCUUCCUCAGCAGGUUCAAGUCGGACUCUCCGCCAGCACAGGAGGCGCAGUCGCUGUUUUCGACGUCAUAUCGUGGUAUUACACUUCCACUCUCGUGCAUACCGGUGCCAACAGCGAUGCCCACAUUCGCCAAUAUGUGUGAUUGUACUUUGUGUGUGUGAGCUAAAUAAGGACGUUUAUAAGUCCAAAAAUAAGGCUAUUCAUGACCAUGCUGUAUUAUUAUGUUUAUGUUUCACUUCGAUGGGAAUUGGGAAUGGAAUUAGUUUGUGUUUUUCA